GGCCGGUCCCGUAGCCGAGAGAGCCCGUGCCGAUGAGUUCGACGCGGUCGGGGGGCCUUGCGGAGAGGCCAGCGAGUUGGCGAUCGCUGUACUUCAAGGGGGUCAUCAAGUGAGACUGGCUGACAAGCCAGAGGUCGAUGGUCGACUUUCCGUCGCCAACCCUGCUCCGCCUCGCGUCGUCCGGACUGGCGCUGCCCGGAGCGCGUGCGCUGCUGGACGCCGAGAGGUACAUCGAGCGUGUCCGGGACGUCCCAUCGGCCGAGGGCGCACACACGCUCACGUACCAGUCCCGCCUGCUCGGCGUCGUCCCGAAGCGGAACGGUGCUCUCAUACACACCGCCGGCGAGCUGUUUGACGGCGGAGGCGCUCUGCUCUACCGCAUGCGCGCCUCCGCCUACGCUCUCGGCGCCACCAGCGUGGCCGCCUCCGGCUGUGAGCCGUCGGCGCCGCCGACACCGCCGCCGCCGCGGGCGUGCGAUGCGUCUCACACCGAGUGCGUCGGCGCGCAGCAGGCGCGGCUCUACCGCCUCAGCGGCGACUACAAUCCGCUGCACGUCGACCCGGCCGCCGCGCGCGCACAGGGAUUCGAGUCGCCAAUCCUGCACGGCUUGUGCACGCUCGGCUACGCGGUGCGAGCGGUGCUGCUCCUCUGCGCGCGCGGCGACGCGGCCCGCUUCAGGCCACACACACACACACACACACACACCACACCGGAAACUUGCACUUGCAAUGCCGUGGGGCUCCUGGCGGUGCGCGCACGCUUCGUCGGCACCGUUUCGCCAGGCAGCUCUCGCGACGUCGUGCGCACUCGCGUGUGGGCCGAAGGGCGGCGGGUGGUCUUUGUGGCGGAGGCCAAGGGCGGGGAGGAGCAGGAGGGCGCGUCCAGGAUGGUCAUCGGCAACGCGUACGUUGAGCUCGACAGGGACGCGGAGCUGGCCGUGCCAAGGCCAGUGGCCAGACUCUGAUCCGUUACGGUUGGUACAUGGUAUGCUGUUAGUACUCUCACGAAGAAGAACGGAAAUGAAAAC